CUGUCUCACAUGUGAGAAAAACAUAUCAAAUCAAAAAAUGAUUCAACCUUCGCGGCAGCAAAUUUUGCGUUUGUACAAGCAUUUAAUUCGAUACGGCAAUCACUUAAAGCUUACCGAUAAAAACUAUUUUCUGGGAAGAGUACGGCACGAAUUCCGGGAGAACCGGUCCCUCACAAGUCCGGCAGAAGUGGAGUUCAGUUUUAAGCGCGGAGAGACCCUGCUGAAGAAGGGUCGAAUUCUAUAGGGAUGUUGCGAGGUCUGGUGCGCAUCCUGGCGCUUCCUCCAUCCGCUGUACGUUGCAAAUCCACAGCCAAUCUG